GCACUGAUGUAUUGAAUUACAGUUAUUACUAAUACUAGCAGUGAUUGACUAACAGCUGAAUGUAAGCGAUAGUGACUGUCAUUAAUAAAACAAUUAAAUAGUAAUUGAAAUGAAAUGUCAAUUAUAAGGCCAAACAUGUGUUGAUAAUAAUUAACAUUUGAAUUAUCAUUUGAAUUAUCAUUUGAUCAAUUAAUUGAUGUCCACUUACGAUGAAGGCAUCCGAUUGGUUAUGGAUUGCGUUGACAGUGAUCCUCAUGAGUACAACUUUCUCACCACAAUUGCUUUUCUUGACUAUGACUUGCAUUAUAUUUAUGAUAAUAGGAUGUCUGACAUAUCUGUAUUUAAAGAGCGCAUCCGUUGAAAGCGAUUACCAAAUAUUCAAAUCUUGUCAUUCAAUUGAAAUGAUUGAUUCAAACAAUGAGUGGACAAACUUUUUGAAUCAAUUAAAUAAAGACUUAGUUGUGGCCACUUUGCCAAAGUCAGACAUCUUUACCGGUCAUCAACUAAUUGAUGAUCAACUAAACGAUGUGUUGCGGUUGACAUUUCGUGAUUACAUAAAUUCAUGGUAUGCUUAUAUAUCACCAAAUCAACAGUUCACUUGUCAUCUCUAUAGUAUCGCUCAAAUGGCUAUCAAAUCAGUUACACAAAGAUUACAGUCAAUGGAUAUCGUCUCAUAUAUGACCACUAAAUUAGUCGACGAUUUUGCAUCUCAUUUAAGACUUUAUCGUUUAUCACAAAACAAACUUAAAGAGCUUAAAGUCAAUGAUCCAAACGCCAAUUUGCUAUCGAUAUUCUUUGAUUUUGAAGUAUCGAUGGAAAAAAAUAUUUGUCGAGAUCUAGUCAGUGAAGACGUUGACAGUUGUACUGAAUAUUUGUCUCAAAUCUGUGAUAUUCUUCAGUAUUUAUUACUACCAAUUGAUAGCUUUAAGAAUCGCACCUUUCGUUUGUUAUUUAGAGGUUUAGUUGUAAAGUCUGUUUUAUAUCCAUUGCUUGAGAUGUUAUCGGAUCCAGACUUUAUAAAUCAGACUAUUGUUUGGCUCUAUAAAUCAUAUGCUGUUUCAAGCGAUACAUUUAUAAGUGUAUUGCGUUUGACCGAUAAAAUCGAUGAGUUGGAUGCUGUCCGACAAAUGGUUAAUCACGAAAUAGCUUUUCUAAGAUCUAAGGAUAUGGGUGGUGACGACGAUUUUGAAAUUAAACAACAAUUAAAUAGUUUGCUAUUUGUGAAGGAUUUAAUUGAAUGUCGACUCAAAUCUAUAAAUGAGGGAAGUUUUGAUUCAGACUCUACUGAUUUGCCGACACAAAUAGAUUGGAGUCAAACAAAGCUAUAUUCAUUACCCUUCGAAGUGGUCCUCAAGAAUAAUAUUGGUCUCUCAUAUUUCAUAGAAUUCAUGUCCAGUAUCGGAGCUCAGGGAUACAUAUACUUCUAUCUUAAUGUCGAAGGUUUCAAAGUAUCUGCUGAACAACAAAUAUCAGAGGCAGAGCUAAUACGACUCGGAAAAUCCAAUUCACAUAAUAGUAUUGAUUUGGAUAGUCUUAAAGAGGCUGCUAUUAAUAUAUAUGAUACUUAUUUAUCUGAAAAGGCAUCGCAUAAACUUAAAAUUGAUGAAACAAUUUGUAAAACAAUUCAUUCAAGAAUAAUGACAGAAAAGUUAUCAGAGAAUUGGUUUGAUUCCUCUCUCCAUAAGGUCUAUGAUAUUAUGAUGAAUAAUGAUAACUAUUUUUCUGCUUUUAAAAAAAGUAAUCAUUACAUCAAACUAUUAGCAGAAUUGGAUCUAUUAAAAGAAGUAAAUAAUAAACAAGAUGAAGAAUAUGAUCGUUCGACUAAAUCAGAUGAUAAUGAUAGCAAUUCAUUAAAUCUCGAUGAUUGUGAUAGUCUAAACUCAUUAGAAGACAUUGCAUUUACAUCUGAUAAUAUAUCGAUAACUAGUGAAGGAUCGGCUAAAUCUAACUCUACUUCUGGAUAUAAUACUACAAAUACGACAACAAAUGAAGAAAUGGAAAUCACUGCUGAAAUCAUUAAGACGGGUGUCGUUCGCGAGUUUGGUAACGCAUACGCGGCUUAUGUAAUAAAUGUAACCAAAAGGUCAAACCGAGCGACUGAUGAAAAAUGGGUUGUUCUCAGACGUUAUUCAGACUUUUAUGCAUUUCAUAAGCAUCUUAGUGACAAAUUUCCAAAUCUAAAAGGCUUAGCACUUCCAGGAAAAAGAACUUUUAAUAACAUGAAUAAAGAAUUUGUUGAACAGCGAAGACAUCUUUUGAAUACUUAUUUAAAUCAAUUACUUAAGACAUCUACUAUACGAUCAGAUCUUAGAGAAAGUGUAAUCAACUUUUUUAAACCCGGAAAUUACGAAAAAGAAAAAUUUCAAUUUUCAAAAACAGUACAAAACUCUAUUUUCAAUCCUUUAAAGACAUCCGUUAUAAAUGUUGGUAAUGCUGUUAAAAGCAGUUCCGGUAAUUUUUUGGAUGGAUUGCAAAAGUUAGGUCGAUUGAGUUCAAUCACAUCUAUCAAUACAUCACAAACAUCACAGAUAUCAAGAAGUGGUAGCUUUAAAUUGAAUCUACAAAAUGAAUCGCAAAAUACUAAUCAAAGACUUGAAUCUAUGACACCCAUUGAAAAUUCAAAAGUGUCCGCAAAUCUUGAUAUUGAAAGUGAAGAUAAUAUUCCUCUAAGAAUUAUGUUGUUAUUAAUGGAUGAAGUGUUUGAUUUAAAACAUAAAAAUUUAUGGCUUAGGAGAAGAAUUGUUACAUUUUUAAGACAAAUCAUUCAUAUGACAUAUGGAGAUGCAAUCAAUAAGAAAAUUAUUGAUUACGUCGAAGACUCAAUUAGUCCUUCAUCUGUUGCUGAAUAUAUCAAAGCAUUUAAGAACUCAUUUUGGCCAACCGGUCAUUUAGCUCAACCCAUUCCUGCCCGAAGUCAAGCCACAAAAAUGCGGACUCGAGUUGCGGCCAAAAUGCUUUUGUUGACCAGUGUUUCGGAUGACUUGAAACGUAUAAUUGGUAGCGAAACGAGUCGUAAGGGAAUGAUGUGUGUCUUCGAGAUGUUUCAACACGAAAACCUUAACCGAAGGCUUGUAUUAGUACUAUUCGAAGGUAUUCUUCAACAACUCUUUCCAGACAAUCAUUUCGAACAAGUCUUUCAAAAACUACAUUCAAAGUCAAAUCGAAUUCCCGAAUCGGAAAAGUUGACCAGCAAUUGGCCGCCAUAUCUCUACAAGUUCUUAGGUAUAGACAAAUCUUCUGUAAAGUCGCCGUCAAAGUCACCUCUUUAUAGACGUAAAAAGACAUAACAUUUAAUUGAUUAAUCAUUUAAUAUUGAGUACUACUGUAUAACAACAUGACCUAUGACCUACAGUGCAUUGUAUAUUGUUUGUCAAAUAUUUAUAUACUUUAUUUAACACUAAAUACUGCUUAUUUAAUGUGUUAAUAUACAUAAUAUUAUGU